UCGAGCCUAAGAUAAUGCACUUGGCUUAAUUUUAAAGAUCAACUGGUAAUCGUAGCCGUCCGCCACGCCCUCGCGUUGUGAAGCUCAUAUAAAAGCUCCUAGCGAAGUGGACGGGUAUCAGUCAACGAGUGGAAAACCUCAAUCUAUCGCAAUGGCCGCUAAGUUCGUCGUAGUUCUCGCCCUUGUGGCUGCAGCUCAAUGCUCCGUGGUGCCAGUGGCGCGAGUAGACGCCGACUACACCAGCUUCGCAUACGACGUGGCCGACCCCAACACCGGCGACUUCAAGAGCCAGGUGGAGACCCGCGUGGGCGGCAACGUGGCCGGCCAGUACUCCCUGCUCGACGCCGACGGCACCAAGCGCACUGUGGACUACACCGCUGACGACGUCAACGGAUUCAACGCCGUGGUGCGCAAGGACCCCGCUGUUGUCGCUGCUGCCCCUGCUGUAGUAGCUGCCCCCGCUGUAGUGGCUGCCCGCACCGUGGCUGCUCCCGCAGCUGUCGUCGCCGCUGCUCCUGCAGUUGUCGCUGCUCGCACCGUCGCCGCUCCCGCAGUAGUUACACGUACUUUUGCCGCUGCCCCCGCGUACUACGCUGCCCGCUCUUACGCCGCUCCUGCCGUCUAUGCUGCCAGCGCUCCUGUUGUGGCCGCGCGCACCGUUGCUGCUCCCGUCGCUUACACCACCGGUGCCCGCCUGGCCUACAGCGCUGGUACCCCAGUAGCCUACACAGCCGGUGCUCCAGUAGCGUACGCCGCUGGUGCGCGUUUCGUCGCUCCCUCUGUGUACGCCGCCCGUGUGGCUGCCGCCCCCGCGGUGUACUCCGGCGCCGCCUACUACGGAUCUCCUCUGACCUAUGCCGCCUACUCCGCUCCAGUCUCGUACUGGUAAACGCGAUAGCCUUUUAUGGCUCCACUGCGAUUGACUUCGACUUGUUCGAUUAUAUUGAACGACAUGUAAAUAUUGUUGCUAGUUUGUACAAUGUACAUACAUCCAUGUAUAAAAUAAACCGAAUAUUUUAAAGUGA